CCUCACCACCAUCAUCCAUGGAUGAUUCGCUGCAGUGCUUCCUCCAUUCUGCACCCUGUCUUUGUCCGUUGCUUCCCCAUCACCCCUUUUUCUUUUCCCACCUCUGCUUGGUUUCUUUUUGAGUGCACUCACUCUAAAAUUUAUUUUCUUUCAGUUGCCCAUCAUUCUCUCGCGAAUCACUAAGCGUCUGAGCGAUACCAUCUCCGAAAUGACCGCAACCACUAAUCCUCGCGCCCGUAACUUCAAUGCCGGUGAACAGUACGAAAUUCUCGACGUCGUUGGUGAGGGUGCCUAUGGUAUCGUCUGCUCGGCCAUCUACAAGCCCACAGGACAAAAGGUCGCCAUCAAAAAAAUUACGCCCUUUGACCAUUCCAUGUUCUGUCUGCGGACCCUGCGGGAGAUCAAGUUGCUCAAGUACUUCAAUCAUGAAAAUAUCAUUUCUAUUCUGGAUAUCGUCAAGCCGCCGUCCCUGGAAGCCUUCCAAGAAGUAUACCUGAUUCAGGAGCUGAUGGAAACAGAUAUGCAUCGUGUCAUCAGGACUCAGGACUUGAGCGACGAUCACUGUCAGUACUUUAUCUACCAAACCUUGCGAGCACUCAAGUGCAUGCACUCUGCCAAUGUCCUGCACCGCGAUCUUAAGCCAAGUAACUUGCUCUUAAACGCCAAUUGCGAUCUCAAGAUCUGUGAUUUUGGUCUUGCUCGCUCGGCCAAUUCAAAUGACGAACACAGUGGAUUUAUGACUGAGUAUGUGGCAACCCGCUGGUACAGAGCACCCGAGAUCAUGCUUACGUUCAAGGAGUACACGAAGGCCAUUGAUGUCUGGUCAGUCGGAUGUAUCCUUGCGGAGAUGCUCAGUGGCAAGCCCCUCUUCCCUGGACGCGACUAUCACUCUCAAUUGAACUUGAUUUUGGACGUACUGGGCACACCGACGAUGGAGGAUUUCUAUGGCAUAAAGUCCCGUCGUGCCCGUGACUAUAUCCGCACGCUUGCGUUCAAGCGAAGGAUCCCGUUCGCAUCGAUGUUUCCGGAUGCGAACCCGCUUGCGCUUGAUUUGCUGGAGAAAUUCUUGACAUUCAACCCCGUCAAACGCAUCACUGUGGAGGAGGCACUCCGCCAUCCGUACCUGGAGCCCUAUCACGACCCUGAGGAUGAACCAUCAAUGGAACCCAUCCCGGAGAGCUUUUUCGACUUUGAUAAGCAUAAGGACAGCCUGUCAAAGGAGCACUUGAAAGAACUGAUAUAUAAGGAGGUUACUGGAAUCAACUGAAUCAGCCUGUAGGACUGGGGAGCGAAGAAGGAAUGCACAGCUUGCGCGGGGGAUGUUCCUGGCUGCAAAGGAUCAUUGAUAUCCUUCGCGCGCACGACCAUAACCCAAAACAUAAUGAAUAAAAAAGACAAUGGUACAUCUAUGAUCCCCUACCGUAUACAAAGAUCAGAGAUAGACACGAAAAAAAAGCAACUAUAGGAUGCAGCAGAUGUGACCCUAUCUUGUCCCG